AUGGCCGUAAUCAAAAAGAAUUGGGAGUUCCAAUGGGGAGAGGAACAAGAUCGAGCGUUGAAGGAGCUCAAAAGGCAACUCACUCAAGCCCCUCUGCUCACCUUGCCUGAUUUCACCAAGACGUUUGAAGUGGAGUGCGACACGUCGGGUUUAGGCAUCAGUGCGGUUCUCACUCAAGUAGGCAAACCGGUGGCCUACUUCAGCGAGAAGCUUAGUGGCGCCGCACUUAACUAUCCCACCUAUGACAAGGAGCUCUACACCCUCGUCCGCGCUAUGGAGGUUUGGCAGCACUACCUGUUGGCCCGAGAGUUCGUGAUUCACACCGAUCACAAAACGUUGAAACAUUUGCGCGGCCAGACCAACCUCAAGAGACGUCACGCCAAGUGGCUCGAGUUCAUCGAGUCAUUCCCAUAUGUGAUCAAAUACAAGAAGGGAAAGGAGAACGUUGUAGCCGACGCUUUGUCAAGGAGGCACGCUUUGAUCACUACAAUGGACGCACAACGUCUUUGCAUUCCCAUCGGAUCCAUACGCGAGUUGUUAGUCCGAGAAGCUCACUGUGGAGGCUUGUCUGGUCAUUUCGGCAUCACUAAGAUGCUAGCCGUGCUUCAAGAGCAUUUCUACUGGUCAAAGAUGCGUAGCAUGGUCGAGAAACAGUGUGGAUGUUGCGUGGUUUGUCGAGCCUCGAAGUCGACAACUCACCUUCACGGCCUCUACAUGCCUCUACCAGUGUCUACAGCGCCUUGGAUCGACUUGUUUAUGGAUUUCAUCCUCAGCCUACCUCUCCUAGCACAUAAGGAUAACAUUAUGGUUGUGGUGGACUGGUUCUUGAAAAUGGUGCACUUCAUACCGUGCAACAAGAACAACGAAGCCGUGCAACUCGCGAAUCUCUUCUUCAGUCAAGUGAUCAGGCUUCACGGUUUACCAUGCACCAUCAUCUCCGACUGA